GCUCAGAUCAAAUCUCACUGUCAUGUAGAUAGCAACACACACACAGAGCAAACCCACUAUGCAAGAAUCCCUUCUUCCCUUUCUUCUUCCUCUUGUACAUUCUACACCGUCGCCGGAAUGGAAUCCAUUUAACGGCUAAUUUGUCACCGGAUAGUUCAAAUUUCAAGCAACUACUCAUUAUAUAUUGUUGUAUGUAAUUAUAGCAGCAUUAGUUGUUUGUGUAAAGUUUUGACAGUGGGGUUUGCAUUAGAGAUUUCGACUUAAGGGAGAAGGAAAAUAGAGAGUUAUGUACGUGGUUCCUCCUCCGAAGAGAAACGAUCCGUCAUUCGGAUCCACAGAUGGGUCUGAUACCCUCCGGAUUUACCAGACUUGGAAAGGAAGCAAUAAAUUUUUUCUUCAAGGAAGGUUUAUAUUUGGGCCAGAUGCGAGGUCACUAGGGCUCACCAUAUUCUUGAUUGUGGCUCCUGUCAUUGUUUUUUGUAUCUUCGUUGCUAGAAAGCUGAUGGAUGAUUUUUCACACCUUUGGGGAGCAUCAGUUAUGGUUGUUGCCGUUGUUUUCACAUUUUAUGAUUUAAUUCUUCUCCUACUAACUUCUGGAAGAGAUCCAGGUAUAAUUCCUCGUAAUGCACACCCUCCAGAACCUGAAGGUUACAAUGGAAGUGCAGGAGCAAAGACCCCACAGUUACGCUUGCCUCGCAUCAAGGAAGUUGAGGUCAACGGCAUUACUGUGAAGAUUAAGUACUGCGACACCUGCAUGCUUUAUAGACCUCCCCGCUGUUCUCACUGUUCAAUAUGUAAUAACUGUGUCGAACGAUUUGACCAUCACUGCCCUUGGGUGGGGCAGUGCAUUGGACUGAGGAACUACCGUUUCUUCUUCAUGUUUGUCUUCUCGACAACUCUUCUAUGUAUAUAUGUUUUCAGUUUCUGCUGGGUUUACAUAAAAAGGAUUAUGGAUGCUGAGGAGAUAUCGAUAUGGAAAGCAAUGGUCAAGACCCCGGCUUCUAUUGUUUUAAUUGUCGACACCUUUGUAUCAGUUUGGUUUGUUGGUGGUCUUACUGCAUUCCAUCUUUAUCUCAUCAGUACAGAUCAGACUACUUACGAGAAUUUUAGGAAUCGGUACGAUCGGCAUGCCAAUCCCUAUAACCAAGGAGUUGCGCAGAACUUCAAGGAAAUAUUUUGCAGCCCUGUCCAUCCAUCUAAGAACAAUUUUAGGGCAAAGGUACCAAGGGAACCAGCUUUACCGACUCGAACUGUGGGUGGUGGUUUUGUUAGUCCAAAUAUGGGUAAAGCAGCAGAGAAUAUCGAGAUGGGAAGGAAGGCAGUGUGGGGGGGUGUUGGUGCUUUCUUGGAUCAACACGAAGGGCAGUUAAGUGACAACAAUGGCUUAAACAUUAAGGAUCGUGGACUAGGUGAAAUGUCCCCAGAGAUAAGGAACACUGUAGAUGCAAGUGAUCGUGCUGGAAUACAUCCCAGGCGACCCAGUUGGGGAAGGAAAAGUGGAAGCUGGGAAAUGUCACCUGAAGUUCUUGCUUUGGCAUCUAAAAUGGGAGAAUUGAACCCAACUGAAGGAAGCACCAGCACUCUCCGACCAACGUAGACUAAGUUGUAACAAUGCUCAGAUACGUUUGUUGGUCUUUGUUAAAGUCUGUAUAGUGGUGAUUUGUGUGACUUGACGGGCAUGGAGUGUUUGCUUUGGCCAUUGCCUAAGGAAAAAACGUGGCUUUGUACGAUGGUUGCUUUCUUAAUCCCCAUUGUGCAUUGUGUUUGUUGAAUUAGUAAAGAGUUCUAAUUGAUUGCUUUGCUUUGGCAA